AUGGUUGGCUCCGUAUCACAAGGUGCUUCGGCUCCUCGCCAACUGCAAAAUCAGCAGCAGGCUCAGAUGAGGAGUGCCCAGGGAACGCCUCAAAUGGUUCAAUUGCACCAGGUUCAACAAGUUCCCGUCACCGGACGUGUCAUUGCCAUGAAUUCGAUGCAGGCGCCGCAACAAUUGAUUCCCGUUCCGAUGCGCAUGGUUUCCAAUGGUGGAUCGAUGGGUGACGGCCAGCAAGCUGCAAGUUGUUUGUUUUUUUGUCGUCUUGUGAUUAUGUUUCAUCUUCUACUUUUGGUAAGGAGUUUUGUUUGA